AUGGAGCUAACGCAACCCGAAUUAGAUGCCAAUUCGGACACACAGUUUCUGGAAGUUUCGUUGAAUGUUAAAGAAUAUAUAGUUGCUGGCUUCACUAUUCUUCGACUAGUGCUCAACCGCAAUACGCUGCAAUCGAUAGACGAUCAGGCUUUCAAUGGACCACUCCUAGAUUCGCUUGUCGAACUCGACCUUAACGAUAAUAAUCUAGGACAAAUCCCGCAAACAGGCCUCACACGACUUCGUAACCUCAGAAAGCUCUACCUGAACAGAAAUCGUAUCAAUACGCUUGCCUCUAAUGCGUUUGCCAAUUAUGAAAGCAAAGAUCUGCUGAUCAAGCUUUCGCUAGCAGGGAAUCGACUCACUGAUCAGUCUCUCACUGACACAGCAGUUUUCCGACCACUACGACUGCUGCAGGUUCGCGAACUACACCUAUUUUCUAGCUAA